AUGUCUUGCUAUAAUACUUAUUGGAUCGAUGCGGCUCGUCAACCUUCCACUCAACGUGCCAUAAGAUCGCAACCACCGAUCCCGUCUCCAUCGGUCUCGUCGCCACUUUCACUUUAUAACAGAAAACCCACAUAUCGAAGAUCGAGACAGCCUGUGAACUUGUCGGCAGAUGACUAUGACGAUUUCUACAAAUCGGUGCGAUGGAAAGAGAACAUUUACUCAUCGGAUAUGGCUCAAUCCCUCGUGCCAAGGCAGCGUGUCGCUAGACGACGGCAAGUCUCUCUAGUUGAUUCCCCCCACCAAUCUUCCCGUCCACCGAGUGCUCAUCAUCGCCGUAGCAUCAGUGGUCCCAUGACCAGCAUUGACAAGGAUGCAGAGCAAAACCAGAAAUGGGUGGAUAACUUAACAGCAGAAGUCCGCGAUAUAUCGUCUGUCAAGUUACAAAAAUACGAGCCUCGCAAUCGCAUUCAACGUAAACCCGUUUCCCAGGUAGCCGAUCGUGUAUUCCAUGCGCCUGCCAUGACUUUGGCUGUUAAACCUUCAAGGGAGCCCGUGGUAACUGAAUCUGGGUGGAAAAUAUCGGACCGCAAGGGACAGUACGACCAUUUGAUUUUCCGAUCCCCUCUUUCCGUUCGAUCCACGGCGGCAUUCGAUUGCUCUACCAUCCCCACUACUGUAACAGACACCAUUCUUGAUAACGUCACAUCAUCCCCGUUAUCGCCAUUAUCGGUUACCACUUCCUUUUCUACGUCGUCGGAUUCGUCCCGAGCUUCCGGUAAACAAAUCGUGGCAGACACAAGCCGGUCUGUUCGUCAUACGAGUGACAAUGAUACUCCUGAAUUGGUCAACGCUUCGGAAAACAGUAACUCAAUUUCCGUCGGCGGUUUGUCAGACGGCGAUGAAAAAAAUCAAGUUUCUCCACGAUCCUCUCUCAAUGAGGUUAGUUUGGAUUCCAGUGCCAAUAUUGGUACUGCUGCACAGCUGAAAAGACAAUUGUCCAAACCCAAGCUGAGGCGUGUUCUUUCUGCUCGACCAAUCGUUCCUCGACAGUCGCUGGAUGAGCAGAAGGAUAAUGAAACAGAGGAACCAUCCGUUGUCAUGGAAGAAAAACCACCCACGUUUUGGAAUCCACGUAUCAACAGCGACAUUGCUCCUAUGCAGAGGAACCUGAGCCGAAAACUUAAAAGAUUACUGCAGCCGCAUCGUACGCGCGUCGAAGGCGCUUCCAAAGUGCAGCAUGCGAGUGAACGUACCUGGAGCGUGGGACGCCCUGUCACACCUAGCGAAGCAUUGGAAGGUGAUACAAACGACGACAAUACGAUGAAGGUCAAUCCUUUUGCAAUUUUAAGGCAAGUCUUCCAAUGUCAUGCCGUCGGUGACAGUACAGGAUUGCAUUUCAGCGAACAUGACUUUACUCAGAUUGACACCUAUGCUGCCAAUGUGCAGCAGCGCGGACCUUUGCUCACACCGACCAUUCUCACUCAACGGUUCCUGGUACGCCCUUACCGACGAGAAUUAUUCAAAUUGCGAUGCAUUUUUGUCUGGCUCUUGCAAAACAUCAGCAUCGCCUCAGCCGGUACGAGCAAGUCUGAUCUGCAAAGGUCACCUUCCGAUGUCAUGCAAGCUUAUUUGCUGGAAGAAGCAAUGGAGAACUUGAACGAUGACGCCAUUGACUGCCUAUUAGAAUCAGCUGACGAGGUAUUGGCACGACGUUCCUGUCGCUCGUCUGUCGGUAUGGCCAACCUCUUUUGUGACAUGGCUGUAGCCGCCGGAUUCACAGACACACGAGUCAUUUUUGGCUGUCUGAAAGGACCUCCUGGAUUAUCAGAUCUUUCAAAAGAUAAAAUGACGCAGAACCAUGCAUGGUGUGUGGUCAAUGUUGAGGGCGAGUAUCGCUUCAUUGAUUGCUGGCUAGCCUCUCCGUAUCAACCCCGCAAUAAUAAUGCGACCGAAUUUCACUGGUUCCUCACCAAACCGAAAGAAUUCAUUUAUACUCAUUUCCCGGAAAAUGGGGCAGAUCAAUUCCUACAGCCGACCAUCACCGCAUCAUUAUUUUUGGCUCUCCCUCUUGUAUGGGCACCCUUCUUCAGUCAUCGUAUGCGCGUGAUCAAAUAUGCCAUAACAUCCUUGCAUCUCCAAGACGAUCAGGUCUGCCAUCUCUGGAUUCGUGUCGAAGAUGGUGUAUCCUGCUUCGCAGAGGUGGAAGCACCAUCAACUCAUGACGACGACGCUGCUUUCUGCAGCAAACGUGCUCUGGCACAAUGCCGGACCAUGGAAAUAAAAGGGAAAUCCGUACGGGUAUGCAGAGUCAAGGCAAUUUUACCAGCAGGUCACGAUCAUGGCUGGCUGAAAGUCUAUGCUGGAUCGCGGGCAACACCUCCGCAUCCUUCCACAUCGGGCGCAGUACAUUACCAGGAAAAAGUCGGGGCCCACCUCUAUGACCUUGCUCUGUGUUUCAGAUUGACGCAAACCGGCUGUUCGCGACCUUUUGAUUUCGUCCAAUUGCAUGUCAGCCAGCAUGAAUUCUACGUUCAAGAACCACAAUGUUACCAGCUAUACCCAUUGCAAACCUACAAUUUCUGUGUUCUCGGUGAAGAUGCGGGUCAUCACAAGUUGGCGAUCCGAAGUCCAAGCGGAAAAUUGUACAAGUUGAUGUACUAUCCGCACGAUCAUUCGUAUGAUGGAAGCAUCACCGUGUCUGAAGUCGGAAAAUGGACCUUGAUUUGCUUGCUACAUCAUGCUGGAGGGUGGUAUGUGGUGGCGACUUGGGAAUGUCUCGGCUAA